GCCGGCGCAGCCCGGUGCGCGAGUAGGUUCUGGCGCGGGGGUCCAGGAGACCCCUGCUAGGUGGACUGUGUCUCCCUGUGUCUUGGCUGGCUCACUACAGCCUCCCUGCCUUGGACUACAUUUCCCAGAGCCACCGGGUUCCAACGCGACUUCGUUUCCGUUUGUUCGCGCGAUCUGGGGGCCUCGCGCGUGGGGAGAGCUGUAUCCGUGGAGGAGCUAGGGCUAGCUCUGGUGAGGCCCGUGAAGCCGAAUCUACCUGGAACCCGAGCGCCAGACUCUGGACCCCGAACGGCACCUUCUGGAGAGUAGAGCCCAGAGGAGGAAAAAAUGGCUGUGAUGCAUUGGAAAGCAAACCAUGCACUGCCUUUUCCAGACACUGUGCUUCUCCAAGAUAGGAAUCCAGGAGAGGAUUGAUCAUUUCUUAUAGAUCUAAAAAUCAUGGCUCAGAGAUUGGUGAUGUUCAGGGAUGUUGUCAUUGACUUCUCUCAAGAAGAGUGGGAAUGCCUGGACUUUGCUCAAAGGCAUUUGUACAGAGAUGUGAUGUUGGAGAACUAUAGUAACUUGAUGUCACUAGAUUUGCCUUCAAGGUGUGCAAGUAAAUUCUUAUCUCCAAGAAAGGACACUUAUGAAACGGAAUUAUCCCAAUGGGAAAUGAGUAACAGGCUUGAAAACUAUGAUCUUAAGGAGUCCAGUUCUAGAGAUUAUUUGAAAUUCAGAGGCACAUUGGAAAAUCAAAAGAAAUAUUUCAGUCAAGUAAUGAUCAUAUAUGAAAAAAUGUCCAUUUUCAAUCAGCAUACUUACUUAUCUCAAUAUCCCACAUGUCAUUUUGAGAAACCCUAUAAAUGUAAGGAAUGUGGGAAGGCCUUUAGACGAGCUUCCCACUUAACUCAACAUCAGAGUACUCAUACAGGUGAAAAACCCUAUGAAUGUAAGCAGUGUGGGAAGGCCUUUAGUCGUGAUUCACAGCUCAGUCUUCAUCAGAGACUUCAUACUGGCGAGAAACCCUAUGCAUGCAAGGAAUGUGGGAAGGCCUUUACUCAGAGUUCACAACUUAUUUUACAUUAUAGAAUUCAUACUGGCGAAAAACCGUAUAAGUGUGAACAAUGUGGGAAAGCCUUUAUUCGUAGUUCACAACUAACUCGACAUCAAAAAGUCCAUACUGGUGAGAAACCUUAUGAAUGUAAAGAAUGUGGGAAGGCCUUUACUCAGAACUCACAACUUACUCUACACCAGAGACUUCAUACUGGCGAAAAACUCUAUGAAUGUAAAGAAUGUAGGAAGGUCUUUACUCAGCUUUCACAGCUUAUUCUGCAUAAGAGAAUUCAUACUGGUGAAAAACCCUAUCAAUGUAAGGAAUGUGGGAAAGCUUUUAUUUGUGGCUCACAGCUUUCUCAACAUCAGAAAAUUCAUAAUGGGGAAAAGCCAUAUGAAUGUAAAGAAUGUGGGAAGGCCUUUAUUCGUGGCUCAUUACUAAUGCAACAUCAGAGGAUUCAUACUGGUGAAAAACCCUACAAAUGUGAACAGUGUGGGAAGGCCUUUAUCCGUGGUUCACAACUUACUCAACACCAGAGAAUUCAUACCAAUGAGAAGCCCUAUGAAUGUAAGGAAUGUGGAAAGACCUUUAGUCAUGGUUCACAACUUACACAACAUCAGAGAAUUCAUACUGGUGAAAAACCCUAUCAAUGUAAGGAAUGCGGAAAAGCCUUCAAUAGAGGCUCACUCCUUACCCGGCAUCAGAGGAUUCAUACUGGUGAAAAACCCUACGAAUGUAAAGAAUGUGGAAAGACCUUUAGUCGUGGCUCAGAACUUACUCAACAUGAGAGAAUUCACACUGGUGAGAAACCCUAUGAAUGUAAGGAAUGUGGAAAGUCCUUUAUUCGUGGCUCCCAGCUUACUCAACAUCACAGAAUUCACACUGGUGAGAAACCUUAUGAAUGUAAAGAAUGUAGAAUGGCCUUUACUCAGAGUUCACAUCUUUCUCAACAUCAAAGACUUCAUACAGGUGAGAAGCCCUAUGUAUGCAAUGAAUGUGGGAAGGCCUUUGCUCGUGGCUUACUGCUUAUACAGCAUCAGAGGAUUCAUACAGGUGAGAAACCUUAUCAGUGUAAGGAAUGUGGGAAGGCCUUUAUCCGUGGUUCACAGCUUACGCAACAUCAGCGAAUUCACACUGGAGAAAAACCCUAUGAAUGCAAGGAAUGUGGGAAGGCUUUUAGUCAUGGUUCUCAACUUACUUUACAUCAAAGAAUCCAUACUGGUGAGAAGCCCUAUGAAUGCAAAGAAUGUAGAAAAGCCUUCACUCAGAGCUCACACCUUUCUCGACAUCAGAGAAUUCACACUGGUGAGAAACCAUAUCAGUGUAAGGAAUGUGGGAAGGCCUUUACUCGUGGCUCACAACUAACUCAACAUCAGAGAAUUCAUAUCAGUGAGAAAUCUUUUAAAUAUAAGGAAAGUGGGAUAGACUUUACUCAUGGUUCACAAGUUUAUAUAUGAGUUUUUUGACUCUUUGGGAUUAAUACAGGCAGACUUCUGUGGUCAUUAAUCCAUUAUCAUUAAAGAAUUCUUAAAAUUUGAAUAUGGGGGACUUGCUUCAUAAAGCUCAGCAUCACUGAAUUUAUGUAGGGAAAGAUAAUGAUAAUGUAAUCCGUGUAGAAAAAUCUAACAUUACUGAAAACCAAUUAAACUUCAAAUUUUAAUAGACAGUAAUUUGUUAGUAUAGUAAAUAUAGGAGGGACUUUAGCCAUAGCACAUCUUGACUAUCAGUUGCUUCCCUUCAUGACAUUGAUAAUUAACCUCCACUUUUGUUUAAUCAUUUGUAAGAAAAUAUACUUCCUUACCAGAUUCUUGAAAGUAUUGUGUGAGUUAUUACAUGUAAAGCUUUUAGAACAGUGCCUUAAACAUAGCAUAUCACAAAUAUUAGCUGUCAUUAUAGUAUUAGAUAAUUCGCAUGAGAGGAGACUUAUAAUGAAUAUUGAGAAAUCUUUCAUUUAACACUUAACCUCAGUUAUUUGAGUGGGGGCACUAUAUGCUAUAAUAAAUGUGAGAAAGCUUUCAUUCAGAUUUCAUCCAGUAUACUAUAAAAGGAAAUUCAUACUAUACAAAAAAGCACUGUAGAUUCAACCAGUGGAUAGUUGAAGAGGUGUUAAGUGAAUGGUAACAAAGUCCCAAAACUCAUAAUUUCUACUGUUCCUGACCACAAUUUAAGAAUAUUAUUUAGAAAGGAAAAAAAAGGAUAACCAAAAUAAAUCUUUCUACUUGGAACUUUUUUAAAACUUAGAUUUACAGCUUUUGAUUAAACUAAAAAUGAAAACUGACAUUACAGACUAUUUCCGCAAUGAAGAAAUGACUCUGUGUCAGAGACUGCUGUUUUUCUGUCCAAUAUCUAUUUUCCUUCUUUACUAACAGAAUUCUUGGUUGAAAACCUGUGUCAGAUUCCCUUGCAAAUCAACAAAGUGGAAGUGGUAAUUGUAUGAGUAUGACAUUUAAGAAAUCUUUGUUUUUCCUGUCUAUUUUUACUCCUUUGUUUACAAUGUAGACAUUUAAUCUGCAGCUCUGGCAGUUUUGUGGGAAUUUCGAGAAUGGUAUUAAGGAUGGUGGAGCAGAAGCACAGAACAAAUAUACACCUCUGCCAGUUUAAUGGAACAGCCAUAACAACUCUGGUCUUCUUGCUUCCUGUAUUUCUUUAUAUAAAAAUGAAAAUAAACUUAUUUGUUGA